AUGAGCAAUGAUAACGUUCAACAACAAGUCACAUCCGUUGGACCGCUUCCAGCUCGGUCGGAGGACGAAAUUUUGAGGUUAAAGGAUGUGGUUCUUUCGUUGCAAAGACAGCUAUCUGCCGUUGCUGGAGCGGCAGCUCGCGGAGUCGAGACGGCAGCCCGAGCACUCCGCGAACAUCACGCAAAUGGAUGGGAUCAAGUCCAAGACACUGUGAUUCCAAUAGGCAAUCUUUCACCCGAGAGAAAUGACGACCUUAGAGGAAGCUCUAUCAAAAGGGCUGAACUGUGUUCCGCCAAUGAGUGCACCGAUCAAGGAUCCUGGAAUCCGGAUCAAGAUCAGUCGAUAACAAAUACAAAUCUGCCUGACCUUUCAUCCCCCUCACAGGCGCUGGCGGGACCAGGCAACUAUAUCCCCAGCCCUUCAGUGUUUUGCCUGGACGUACUUGAACUGGAAGGUAGCGUGCGUCAACUCAUAACAACACAACAUCUGAGCGAGUCAGAUAAAGAGCACAGUUUUGACGCUUUACUUCGGAGUAUCUUUGAUCUGAUGGUUUCAAAACACUACUGGCACUCGACCAAGGACUGGUGGAUACUUACCAAUGCUUUCCAGACUAUUGGAGUCAUCACUCGCUAUCGAAUUGAGCCCACUUCAGAAAACUAUGCGCGGCUACCUGCAUGCUUUCGACCUACGCGGUUGCAGUUCACCCGUUUUCACUGGCCUGUGGUGGACUGGAUUGCAUGGCCAGAUAUGAGGGAUAAGCUUAUCUUGCACGCCGCAGAUUACGAUCUCAGCGAGGUCAUACUUGCCACCAUGCGCUCCUAUUGUCUGGAGGAAGAGGUGAACAGCCUUCCAGAAAACACAAAUGGAUCGCCCUCGCAAAGUCUCGGAUACCAGACUCAUAUUCCGGCGGGAGGACCUAAGGCAAAGGUCUAUUAUCGGGUGGAAGAGUACGUCGAAUACACGAAGCAGAAAGUGUUGCAGCGUCAUAUUCCUCGAACAAUAUCUGCGCGGUUAGAGGCAAAGCUCAUCCUUGCUCUUCAAGCCGAAGAGACUCCAAUGAAGCUCGAGCCAGCAUUCUUUGAACGAUUUCCUGGCUUGUCGAGCGAGGCCGCCAUCACUCAUGGGACAUAUCGAUCAAUAUACGAUGCCGAAUGA